AUGUUCUUCAAAAACUUCUCUAUUAGUGCUGGAAUUACAGCCUUUCAACAUGUUUACUUGAAAAUUGCUGGAAGUUUCCAGAUAGAACAGGAUCAACAAGAAAAGAAUGAUAUGAGUUUUGAACUCGAUCAUAAUGACACAGAUUCAGCUGAUGAAGACUCAGACUUUAUAGAUAUAGAGAAAAAAACCAAAAAUGGUAAAGGUACAGAAGAAGAGGCGAUGUAUAUAAUAACAGGAUAUCAACCAACAGGACUAGCGUUAGCCAAUAUUAAUGAUAUCAUUCUAUACAAUAUUCCUUCAACCUGA